UGUAAACGUUUCCUAAUAGAAAUAUCGUGCAAAUUGUCAUUAUUAAACAAUUUCUUCUACUUUUAUUGUAAAAGUCACAAACAAUUAUGCAAUUAUAAUCAUUUAACCAAUAAAUUUGUAAAUUAUAAUACCAUGGCGGUUUUGUUGUUAAAAUCCAUGCUGUUUGCUUGUCAGUGGUCAAUAACAGCUAUUAAAUCAUAAAAUGGGUGCAAAUAUAUCACAAUUAGAGAGAGAUAUUGGCUCUGAUCAAUUUCCUCCUAAUGAACAUUAUUUUGGGCUAGUUAAUUUUGGAAAUACCUGUUAUAGUAAUUCUGUAUUACAAGCUUUGUAUUUUUGUCGACCAUUUAGAGAAAAAGUUCUAGAAUACAAAGCUAGAAAUAAGAGAACCAAGGAAACAUUAUUAACAUGUUUAGCAGAUUUGUUCUACAGUAUUGCAACUCAGAAAAAGAAAGUUGGAUCUAUAGCUCCAAAAAAAUUUAUUGCCAGAUUGAGAAAAGAGAAAGAGGAGUUUGAUAACUAUAUGCAACAAGAUGCACAUGAAUUUUUAAAUUUUUUGAUAAAUCACAUAAAUGAGAUUAUUUUAGCAGAGAGAAGUCAAAGCAAACCAGCAGGAGGAAAAUGUGGUGCAGGUGAUGCUGGUUCACCACCAGAGCCUACCUGGGUCCAUGAAAUAUUUCAAGGAAUUCUGACAUCAGAAACACGCUGCCUUAAUUGUGAGACUGUAUCUAGCAAAGAUGAGGAUUUCUUUGAUUUACAAGUUGAUGUAGAUCAGAAUACUUCAAUAACACACUGCCUCAGAUGUUUCUCAAAUACUGAGACACUUUGUAGUGAUAACAAAUUCAAAUGUGAUCAUUGUAGCAGUUAUCAAGAAGCUCAGAAACGAAUGAGAGUUAAAAAGUUACCAAUGAUACUAGCAUUGCAUCUAAAGAGAUUUAAAUACGUGGAGCAAUAUAAUCGUCACAUUAAGGUUUCUCACAGGGUAGUUUUUCCUUUAGAACUUCGACUCUUCAAUACUAGUGAUGAUGCAGUGAAUCCAGAUCGAUUAUAUGAUUUGGUAGCAGUUGUGAUACAUUGUGGAAGUGGGCCUAAUCGGGGACACUAUAUUUCUAUAGUUAAAAGUCACGGAUUUUGGUUACUCUUUGAUGAUGAUAUGGUUGAUAAAAUUGAUGCAUCUACAAUAGAAGACUUCUAUGGACUUACAUCAGAUAUUCAGAAAAGUUCUGAAACUGGUUAUAUCCUAUUCUAUCAAUCAAUCGAUUGUAAUUAA